CGGCGCUUGCCUCUGACAUGCCCUUUGCAGGCAGCGCACCUUCCUUCUCGCCUCUCCCUUCCUGCUCUCUGCAUUCCACGCCCGUCUGCUUCCUUCUCUGGCUCUCCCCUCCCCUGGAAUCCAAAACCAGCUGGGGGGGGCUAGAUAUCUCUGCCCUGCAUGCCGCCGGGCCUUGCCCGAGGGUUGCCCCUGGCUCAAAGGGGCGGGCAUGAACCAUGCGCACCAACCAAGUCAUCAAGUACACCUUGUUUGCCUCCUGCUACCUCUUCUGGGUGGCCGGUGGGUUGAUGGUAGCCGUCGGGAUCUACGCCAGGCUCUCCAAGGAAGGGGGCGCUGUGGACUCCCUCCUGGCAGACCCCUCCCUCGUCCUGCUGGCGGUGGGCGUCCUGGUGUUCUGCGUCACCUUCGUCGGCUGCCUGGGGGCCUUGCGUGACGUCACCCUGCUUCUGAAGGCGUUUGCCUGGCUCUUGCUCGUCAUCUUCGUCCUGCAAGUGGUGGCUGCCGUUCUGGGCUUCCUCUUCUCCGGCAUGGUGAUGGAGAAGGCCACCCUGCUGAUGGGACAAGCCAUCGCCCGUUACCGCGACAACCUGGACCUGCAGAACCUCAUUGACUACAUCCAAAAGAAGUUCGAGUGCUGCGGGGUCCACUCCUACAAAGACUGGUCCCAGAACGUUUACUUCGACUGCCAGGAAUCGAACCCCAGCCUGGAGAGCUGCGCCGUCCCGUUCUCUUGCUGUGUGCGAGGCAAAGAGGCCAUGCUGAACACGAUGUGCGGCUACGGGACACAGAAGUUGAAGCCUUGGAAGGCCGAGUUUUUGGUGCACACCGAGGGGUGCUUGGAGAAGACGGUUCGCUGGGGGCGCAGCAACCUCUUCUUGGUGGCUGGCCUGGCCUUUGGCCUGCUGGUCCUGGAGGUGGUCGUCUUCUCUCUCGCCGUGCUGCUCAUCUACCAGAUCGACUUCAUCAUCGAGAAACGGAAGAGCACCAGGAGGAGGAGGAGCAAAAGCUGUCCAGCGAAGUGAAAAUCUUGCAAGACGGUUUUGCCGCUUCUCCCUCCCCAAAAAGCGGACACUUUUUUGAAGCAAAAACAAGGCAUUGGAAAAUGGGGGGGGGCUUGGCGCCUCAUUUAACCUCCCCACAGGCUUUGUGCGAACCGAUAUUGGGGUGUUAUGCCAAAGAAUCGUAGAGUCAGGGCUCCCUAAAGGUCCUCUAGUCUAACUCCACUGGAAGCGAACCUUAUUGGACAGGGAAUGCGGAACAACUUCAUUCUGGAAUGGAGGUUGGGACAAAUGUGCGAAGCGUUACUCCCCAAGCCGCCCGGCACCGAUCCACGCAGCACUUCAAAAGCUGGGGGUGUCUCGUCGAAUUAUCCGCCACCCUUAAAAGCACUCUGCACAUGCUUGGGGCUCCUCCCUCCGAGGGCAGUGAGCAAAACGGCAACGAGUGGGCAGAAAAAGAGCCUUUAAAAGUGGCUAAAAUGAUUGGAAAUCCGGAAGACCAAAAUUUUAAAUACGGAAUGGGGAAAACUUAUAAUUUAUCAUAAAAACCAUUGUAAACAGUUAAAAUCGUUAGUAGGAUUGGAGUAACACUUGUAGUUUAAUGCUGAAUUUUGUAUAUAAAAGAUUAUUAUAAAAGAUGCAGGAGGAAAUUAUUAACAAUAGGAACCCACAAAGGGGAGGGGGGAGUCCAGGAGAUUCCUUGGCAUUUUGUUUCUCUAUGUUGUAUUUUUGUGACUGUAAAGUUUUAAUCUGAAAAAACCAAAUGAAUAAAUUA